AUGGAGUGGCUAAUGCAGCUCGUGGCGGCGAAAGGUGCAAUAUUUGUGACUGAGGAGAUCCAGGACGACAUGCUCUUGAUCGAGGACUCACUGCGUGCCCGUUUUGGUGCGGAUGCCAUCGUCAACUGUACUGGGCUUGGAAGCGCCAAGGUGGCUAACGAUGCAAGCUGUUACCCGCUCCGCGGCGCCAUGAUCCGUGUGAUCAACGAUGGAAAGGACUUCCCAAAGGUCGAGGGAGCCCUUGCUAUCUCAGCAGAUGCCGCUUCAGAUAAAGAGAUGGUCUUCAUCGUUCCGCGGAAUGACAGCAUUCUCUACUUGGGAGGGAUCGUCCAGCCAAGUCAGAAAGACUUGGAUCUUACCAUUGACCACCCAGAUAUCAAGCGAAUGAGGGCGCGUUGCGAAGCAUUUUUGCCUGAUUUGAAGAACGCGCGUCUCGACAAGGAGUACCCACUCGCCCAGGGACUACGGCCCUUUCGCGGUAGAAACGUCCGCGUCGAGCGCGAGCUUCGGCGGACACCUGACGGGAAAAUAAGUCGAGUCGUGCAUUCUUAUGGUCAUGGGGGCGCCGGCUGGAGUCUGGCCUUUGGUUGUGCAGGUGAUGUUAGGUGCCUCCUGCAAGAGGUCAUAAACGGCCAACUCCCAGAGCCAAUGAGCGAUUCCGGGGACCGGGUACUUGCACGGUUAUAA